AUGACCGGAUCGUGCCCGCAGCAACUGAGUGGCGACCUGUUUAUUUACGCUGCGUUGGUUACGCUUACCCAAAUGGCAAACUACGCGAAAAUGCUGCAGUCGAGUAUUUAUGGUCCAGUGCGGUGUUUCAGUAACAGCCCUGCGUUUUCUCCAUUUACAGAGGGACAUAUUCACAGCAAUGUCUCCAGCAAACGUACUGAGGUCAAAACCACAGAUGAGGCACGGAACGAGUGCAUCCAGAAAGAAUCUGUUAGGCCGCGGCUACUAACGGAAUUUUGCACCGGAAGUGCCACGAAACACGGUGCAUCACCCACACCGGAGCCCGAAUCCAAAACAUCAUCUGGCGCAUCCACCGAGCAGAAAUCGAGUGGCUCAGAUUCCAACGACGUGACUGAAACCAAGCCUACAAAUGUUUUGAGUCUCGAUGAGCAACUGGAAGCCGAAUUGGCCCGCGAGGUGGAUUCGAUGGUUCUCAUCACCUCCGCGAACGACCCACAGGUUGAUGAACUUGACCGCGAACUCGAAUUGGAGCUGCUCUCUGAACUGAAUCAAAUGCAGAAGACGUAGUAUGCCCGGGUUUCACCUCCCCACCUCCCAUGUCUGUCCUCUCCUCGCUCACAAAAGCACUAAUAUCUUCGUUUCUGACUUAUAAUUUCCAACCGGUUUUUUCCUAAUGCUUAUUCCGUUCCUCUCUCUAUAUGUAUAUCAUUACAAAUUCGCUCGACGUUUGUUUCUUCCUUUGCCGCCGGCCAACCGUACAGUAACAUCACAAUGCCCACCAACUCUCCGCAAAUAGUAGCAUAUGUUUCCCAGUCAAACUGACACACAUCGUUUUGCCACUGAUGAUCAAAUGCCAGUAUCUUGAGGUCUUAAGGUACACAGUGUCUAUCUUUCUGAUCUGUACGGCAAUUAGUCGUGCCGUUUCGCUGUUUGCUCCUCCUCCUUCAAUCAGCAGACGUGUUGUUCCUUAAUUUCUCUACGGUUUUUGUAAAAUCUUCGUGACCUUACUAAUUUAGCAUGUGCUGACCUCUUCCCUCAUACGGCCGUCAAGGGGAUACACUUGCCCAGACAAAUAAACGGAUCGAUUAAUUUGAAUGUAUUUCUAAUUCAUUGUGAGAACUAGUUUGUCAGCCAAAUUUCAUAUCUUUUUUUUCUCCCGCAUUCCACUUCCGCCAAACUUUUGGAGCUAUCGGAUAGCACUUUGUCAAGGGCUUGCUAUGGGCAUUCCUUGAUUUGCCUGUAACAUGAUCACACUUACGUGAUUUGUACUUUUACAUCGAAACACUUAGAACGACCACUUUGCUUCAUCUCCAUGUGUGUUCUUUUUAAGCGCGAUAGUCGUGCUCAGUUUAGCUUUUUCCAGGACUUAUGCCGACUAGCAUCAGCAGUAUUUGGACUCGUGGAGCAGUUCACUUCUGACCCACCUUCCUCUUCUCCACUGCUAUUUGGAAAUUUGUUGUUUACAACCUUUCUCGCUGAGUUCCACCUUUCCUUUAUAUCGAUGUCGCUUUUCCAGCGCUGGUG